AUGGUGGCUACAUCUGAAAUCUCCGAAAUCAACACUGGAUAUGUUGCUGACAAGCCCAGCGUGGCUACAGAGCAACCCGAGAAAUCCUCUAAUGUUCCUCCUCGAUACGACCAGAUUUCGCACGAUGGUCUGCUGAACGAUCCCACUAAUCCGUUUGUUGACCAGUCCGAGAUUGAGAAUGUGCGUAGUGCCGAUGAGUUUGGAGGCCACCAUCUCAAGAAGCUCACAUGGUAG